GGGUAAUAGCAGCAUAAAAAAGGGAUUCAUAAUUCACAGUCGUUAAAGCAGAGAAGGAAAACAUAGGCCAUAAUCGUCUUCUUCUUCGUCUUCUCCCUUUUUCUCUCUCUCUCUCUCUCUCUUCCUCAUAUUUCUCUCUCAUCGAUUCUUAAAUCCCUGAUUUUUCUGCAUUUUUCAUUGCUCGCAAACCCUAAUAAUCUACGCUGAGCAAAUUGUAGCAAUAUACAAUAAUGAAUGAUCGUAAACCCAUAGAACUAGAGGAAGGAUGGAAGUUUAUGGAGAAAGGAAUCAAGAAACUGAUUAUGAUUCUUGAAGGUUUACCUGAGCCUCCAUUUAAUUCUGAAGACUACUCGAUGCUUUACACAACAAUGUACAACAUGUGUACUCAGAAAGCCCCAUUUGAUUAUUCCCAGCAACUUUAUGAUAAUUACAAACAGGCUUUUGUGGAUUACAUAGUUUCAACGGUUUUGCCAGCUUUGAAGGAAAAACAUGAUGAAUAUAUGCUGAUUGAAUUUGUAAAAAGAUGGUCAAAUCAUAAAGUAAUGGUCAGGUGGCUAUCUCGCUUCUUCCAUUAUCUUGAUCGUUACUUUGUUACUCGGAGGUCACUUCCUCCACUGAAAGAAGUUGGGCUCACUUGCUUCCGUGAUCUGGUAUACCAAGAAAUAUGUAGCAAAGCAAAGGAUGCUGUUCUAGCCCUGAUCCAUGUUGAAAGAGAGGGUGGGCAAAUUGACCAAGCAUUAUUAAAGAAUGGGCUUGGGAUUUAUGUUGAAAUUGGAAUGGGACAGAUGGAACAGUAUGAAAAUGAUUUUGAGGCGCAUCUUCUGGAUGACACUGCUGCUUAUUAUUCUCGGAAGGCCUCAAGCUGGAUUGUAGAGGAUUCAUGUCCGGAAUAUAUGUUGAAGUCUGAGGAAUGUUUGAAAAAUGAAAAGGAGAGAGUGUCUCAUUACUUGCACUUAAGUAGUGAAGAGAAGCUCCUAGAGAGAGUGCAAAAUGAGUUGUUGUUGGUAUUUGAAAACCAAUUGCUCGAGAAAGAAAACUCUGGAUGUCGUGUAUUGCUUAAAGAUGACAAGGUGGAGGAUCUUUCCAGGAUGUACCGGCUAUACAGUAAAGUUCCCCGGGGUUUGGAGCCUAUUGGAGUCAUCUUUAAGACGCAUAUUACGGAUGAAGGAACUGUCUUGGUCCAGCAGGCAGAAGAUGCUGCGACUAGCAAGGCUGAGACUGGUUCUGGUGGAUCACAUGAGCAGGUCUUUGUGAGGAAAGUGAUAGAGCUACACGAUAAGUUCAUGGUUUAUGUGAUCGAGUGCUUUAGUAGCCACACCAUCUUUCAUAAGGCUCUCAAGGAAGCUUUUGAGGUAUUUUUAAACAAGGGUGUUGCUGGCAGUACUAGUGCUGAACUGUUAGCAACAUUUUGUGAUAAUAUUCUCAAAAAGGGUGGCAGUGAAAAGCUAAGUGAUGAAGCUAUUGAGGACUCACUUGACAAGGUAGUAAAGCUGCUUGCUUAUGUAAGCGAUAAAGACAUGUUUGCUGAAUUUUACAGAAAGAAGCUCUCUCGCCGUUUACUCUUUGACAAGAGUGCCCAUGAUGAUCAUGAAAGGAGCAUCUUAACAAAAUUGAAGCAGCAGUGUGGUGCACAGUUUACAUCAAAGAUGGAAGGGAUGGUAACUGAUUUGGCUUUGGGGAGGGAGAAUCAGACUCAUUUUGAAGACUAUCUUGAGCAAAACCCAAUUGCCAAUCCUGGGCUUGAUUUGAAUGUGACAGUUCUCACAACUGGAUUCUGGCCAAACUAUAAAUCCUCUGAUCUUAACCUUCCUGAUGAGAUGGUAAAGUGUGUGGAAGCUUUUAAGCAAUUCUAUCAAACAAAAACAAAACACAGGAAGCUCUCGUGGGUUUACUCUCUGGGAAGUUGCAACAUUCAUGGCAAGUUUGGUCAGAAAACAAUUGAAUUGAUUGUUGGAACCUAUCAAGCUGCUGCUCUGCUUCUAUUCAACACAGCAGAUCGCUUGAGUUAUUCAGAAAUUGCAGCUCAGUUAAAUUUAGGUGAUGAAGACUUGGUCAGAGUACUACAGUCAUUGUCUUGUGCAAAGUACAAGGUUCUUACCAAGGAGCCAGUGUCAAGAACUGUCUCUCAUACCGAUCAAUUCGCAUUCAACCCUGGCUUUACUGACAGAAUGAGGAGGAUAAGGAUUCCUCUUCCAACAAUGGACGAGAGGAAAAAAAUUGUCGAGGAUGUGGACAAGGAUAGACGUUAUGCUAUUGAUGCCUCUAUCGUACGUAUAAUGAAAAGCAGGAAGGUGUUGGGUUAUCAACAAUUGAUCUCAGAGUGUGUUGAGCAUCUAAGCCGCAGUUUCAAGCCUGAUUUUAAGGUGAUCAAGAAGAGGAUCGAAGAUUUGAUUACUAGGGACUACCUUGAACGAGACAAGGAAAAUCCUCAGCUAUUCAAGUACUUGGCUUGAAUGCAUGUCUUCAGAUAAUUUGCCUUUUGUGAACUGUUUUGGACAUGGAAGCCGAGAAAUUCCGGUAAUAGGGCAAAUAGGCAUAUUUUGUACAGUAAUUGGGUUCUCGUGAGUGGGUUAAAAUUGUAUGACUAAGGAACUUAGAUCUAGUUCAUACAAGGCAAAUUUUAAAGCUGCUCAUUUUGGGGUGAAAAAGGAAAAUUUGCAUGCUCUCUUUUACAUUGAGUAGUACUCCGUGAUUCGAGUAUGCUGAUAUCAAUAUUUCUUGCUACUCUGUAUUUCUCUUUCAUCCCUUUCCUACUUUUUUCUCCUUUUGAAA